AAAGCUGAUGACCGAAAGUUAAAGCCUUUCUUUUUUUCCCUAUGGUCUUGCCUCUAGGCUUCUUGUUGCGCCUCUCUCUCUCUCUCUCUCUCUCUCUAGUGAUCUGAGUCAUCAUCUCAUGAAGAAGAAUCCUUCAAAAAGACAGAAACCCAAGAUCAACGGUUUCAGACACCAUUAGAAAUUGGCUUUUCUUUCAUUUCUCUACUUCUCGUCUCUUCAACCGUAUAUUACAAAGUUCCUACGAAGAAAAGGAAAACUCAACUUGAAUCAAUACUGAUGUUAGGCAACGCCAACACUUCUAGUUCUGCCCCAUUUGUUCCUGCUUCUUCUGAACCAGAGAAUGGAAAUAACAGCAGCAGCAGCAAUAAGAGGAAAAGAAGACCGGCAGGCACUCCAGAUCCCGACGCGGAGGUAGUUUCGCUAUCGCCGAAAACCCUAUUGGAGUCGGACCGCUACGUGUGCGAGAUCUGCAACCAGGGGUUCCAGAGGGACCAGAACCUCCAGAUGCACCGUCGGCGGCACAAGGUGCCAUGGAAGCUGCUCAAGAGGGAGAAUCCCGCGGGGCAGGGAGCGGUGGCGAGGAAGCGGGUGUUCGUGUGCCCCGAGCCGACCUGCCUACACCACGACCCCCGCCACGCGCUCGGCGACCUCGUUGGGAUCAAGAAGCACUACCGGAGGAAGCACAGCAACCAGAAGCAGUGGGUGUGCGAGAGGUGCUCCAAGGGUUAUGCCGUGCAGUCUGAUUACAAGGCCCAUCUCAAAACUUGUGGCACCAGAGGCCAUUCUUGUGACUGUGGAAGAGUUUUUUCCAGGGUCGAAAGCUUCAUUGAGCACCAAGAUUCUUGCAACAUGGGUCGAGUUCGGUCCGAGCUGCAACCUUUGCAGCCAGCGUGUCUCUCAAGAACUGCCUCUAGCCCUACCCCUUCCAGCGACACCAAUUUCAGCGCAACUCCUAAUUUACCGCCUUUCAUAUUGCCAAAGCCAAUGGAAAAUCCCAUUCUCUUAUUGAGCCCUACUAAAGACUGCUCUUCCAGAAAUGGUCAGGAUAACCACCAUCACAAUUUGGAGCUUCAGCUCUCAAGCUCAUCGAUCCCCACCGAAGCGGCUUCCAUUUCCUCCAAGAGCGAUGAAAAGGACUCGACCCCAUUGCAGCUCUCGAUUGGGUCGUCAUGCGAUGCCAGGGAAAAGAAUGAGUCGAACAACGUGAGUCACUUGAUGAGCAACAUGGGCGACAGACCCAAUAGCGUCAUCGCCGCUUUACAGAUGAGAGAAGAGGCGCGUGAGCAGUUGAGAUUGGCGAUGGCGGAGAAGGCUUAUUCUGAGGAGACGAGAGAGCUGGCCAGGAGGCAGAUUCAAAUGGCCGAGCAGGAAUUUGCCAAUGCACAGAGAAUUAGGCAACAAGCACAAAGUGAGCUGGACAAGGCCUUGGCACUUAGAGAGCACGCAUCUAAGCAAAUAAAUUCCGCCAUCCUCCAGGUCACUUGUCACGCUUGCAAGAAGCAGUUCCAAGCAAGGGCUGUAAGGGACAUGGCUAAUGAGGAUGAGAAGUCUUCCGUUCUGGUGUUGAGUUACGUGUCAUCAGUCGUUACAGAAGGAGAGGUUGGAGAAAGAUGAUAGAUUGGCAAGGAUUACUACUAGAUAGAAUCAUCAUUUCAGUUGCUUCUUUAAUAUGCUUAUGCUUAUUAUUCCUCACCAUGCAAGCGGUAAUAAUGUAACAUCAACUUGAUCGAGUUUA